AUGAAGUUGUUUCCUGUGGCUGUUCUCCUUGUCUUGCCUGUUGUUGCUCAUCUGGCCUCAGGGAAGAAGCUCCGCUGGUGUACGCUUUCCCCCCUAGAGCAGAAGAAAUGCGCUGAGCUCUCCAAAGCCCUUCUGUCCACUUUGCCGCCUGUCUCCAGCAGUACUUUGAAGAGGGUUUCUUGCAUCCUGGCCCACAACACUUACGACUGUAUCAAUAAGAUUCGGGAGAAUAAAGCUGAUGCAGUUUCUUUGGAUGCCGGAGAUGUGUAUUCUGCUGUAAAGCUUUAUGGCUUGACUGUGGUGGCCAAGGAGAUCUAUUUGGAAGGUAGCUGUGUAUUUGCAGUGGCUGUGGCCAAGCGUGGGAUGCUGGAUCUCCAAAGGCUCAAAGGAGUCCGAAGUUGCCAUAAUGGAGCUAGGUGGACUUCAGGCUGGAGCAUUCCCAUGGGCUUCCUCUUAGCUAGGAGUGAUCUGAUGUGGGUCUCAGACCAGCCCCUCAGCCAAGCAAUCAGUGGUUAUUUCAAUGCCAGCUGCAUCCCUGGCAUCGGAGCUACCUAUCCUAAGCUCUGCGCUCUCUGCCAAGGGCCGAAGUCGUACAUCUGGGACAAGAACCACUUCUGCGAGGCUAGCCGUCGCGAACCCUUCUACGGCUCGGAGGGUGCCUUCAGGUGCCUGACGUUGGGGCUGGCGGAUGUGGCGUUUGUGGAUCACCUCACAGUCAUGAGUGCUACAGAGUUGGAACGGGAAGAGUACGAGCUGCUCUGUCCUGAUGGAUCCGCUGCGCCUUUGACGGCCUACUCUACCUGCAACCUGGGCAACGGACCAGGCCGCGCUAUUGUCACACGCCGCAACUUGCAGAAGAUAGUUAAGAAAUUUCUCAAGGUCAUUCAGGUAUUUCCUGGUCUUCCUCCAGUCUACAUCAUCGCCCUGGUGAGAAAGGCUAACCAUCAAGUAAACCGGUACACCUUGAGGGGAAAGCGCUCCUGCCACAGCCACGUGUACAGCCCAGGAGGGUGGCUGCUGCUUUCACAGUACACCGUCGGGGCCCCGGAGAAUGGCAGCUCCAGCUGCAACCUCACCUCUGCAUACCAGAAUUUUUUUUGGAAAGGCUGCAUGCCAGGAGCCAGUGGAAAUCUGUGCAAAGUGUGCAUUGGACAAGAGGGGAGAGGCAAGGGGUCUUCCAGGUGUGCAGCUAAUCAUCAUGAACGGUACUAUGGCAAUCUGGGGGCCCUCAGAUGCCUCUUGGGUGAUCCCGCUGGGAGAAGCUUCGGUGAUGUGGCUCUCUUGGAACAUCAUAACCUACUUCAGAACAUUGACUACCUGAAUAGCUCAGGAUGGGCCACCGGCUACACUCCCAGGGAUUUUGAACUCCUUUGCCCAGACGGGAGCCGAGCAGCCAUAACGGCUUGGAGGACCUGCAACCUGGGCUGUGUUCCUCCCAGCGUUGUGGUGACCCGGCCAGUUACUGUCACUAAGGUCCAUGACUUCCUGGCAAAGUCCCAGGGACGGCACCUGGAGAGAGGCCGGAGGUAG